CUUUCAUUAGACGGCAACAUAAAAUGCCGUCUUUGGGAAUUUUAUUCUUAAAAGUUUACAAUAGAAUUACAAAAGCAAAGGUGUUGUUAAAUCCCUUACUACCUCUUGAUUGGUUAGUGUUAAGGUGUGUUUUUUCACGGCACACAUUGGUGUCACCCUGGAAAAAAGUGCACUCCCUAAUGCUAAAGAUCCUCACUAUUAUCAAGCCGGCAAAUAUUGCACACCCUUGCAAAUGAGCUCUAGAAUUCGCAAAGCACAUAGGGCACAAAAUCUGUAACGCACUGCCGAGCCACUCGUUGCAUUUCAGUUCCUGUCGUACGUUCAAACUGUAACAAUGUGCACCUCAUCUGCAGUGUAUCUGGCGCUUCUGGUUGCGCUUACCUUUCUCGCCGCCGUGUCAACGGUCGAUGGCGAUGCAGCAGCUCAGUCACGCCAAAAACGCUUCCUAAUAUUUCCCCGUGCCAAUCCGCAACGUUUGCAGAUGAUCGGCGGCUUCGGUAUACCGGCCGACAUCCAGCUAGAAUCCGUCACGAUGGGGUACGUGUUUAAGUCGGUCUAUUUAUUGCCCUGGAACUCGUCCCACUGGAUACCGCCGUUUCUCGAUCGGCACGAGCUGGAGACGGAACGGGUACUGCGUCGGCGGGCAGCCGUACCAACGACGAUGCCGCCACUGGUGUUGGCACCCCAGUCGCAUGCCGAGCCGCCCUACGAACGGUACGAUGGGCGGUGGCAGGAGCUGGACACUGAAUCGUUGCCGCCACCACCACUGGAGCAACUGGGACGCUCACCUCACCAGCAGCAGCAUCACUCCCGCUGGACGUUCUAUCGUAUGCUGGAGCAAUUGUUUGAGCAAAAAGGUUUCGAUGGUCGGAGCUGUGUGUUGCGUGCGAUUUGUGAAGCAUCGGAAGCACGCUUUACCCACACGAGCGGGCUGAUCGGGGAACUGUUGCACAUUGCCUUUACGCCAUCGGCCACGGAGGAUGCCGUCGCGGAACCGCACCAUUCGCUGUACGGGCAGGCGGAAACGGUUCCGGACAGCAUGAGUGCCAGCAACGGUCAAUCGGUUUGCGCUGCCAUGUUCGCCGAAUGUUCGCUUUCGCUGUUGGGCUCGUUUUCGGACGUUUUUGCGUGACGAAGGGAACUGUUUCUAUUAGUUUGUACUUUGAAGGAUUUAAUUGAGGAGAAGAAAGGUUAUUUAGGCGUUUAGCUGAUUGCAUUCGUUUAAAGCAUGCAUGCGUCCUGUUACAUUUUUCAAACCAACCAGUUUUAUUGGUAAAGACGUAUGUUAAGUAAAUUUAAUGUAAUAAAAGAAAGUUUUUUGAUGUUGUA